AACCCAUUUUGCUCCCUCCUCCGCCUGAACAAGCUUCUCUCUGCUUCACCCAGCUUUCCCAUUCAUUCCCAUUACCCCAAACAAAACCCAAAAAAAUGCAUGCCAAAACCGACUCCGAGGUUACCAGCCUGGCGCCGUCGUCGCCGACCAGAUCUCCCCGCCGCCCGGCCUACUUCGUCCGGAGCCCCUCCCGCGACUCCCACGACGGCGAGAAGACCACGACGUCGUUUCACUCCACCCCGUUCCUCAGCCCCGUCGCCCCGCCGCCAACACCAGCAGAAUCGAGAGAGAGAAUCGAGGGAGGAGGCGAGAAUAGGGAGAGAGAUAGUCUGGGUCUGGGAAGAAGAAUCGAGGGAGUUGGUUGUUCGAUUUUCCUUCCAGAGGAAGAAGAGAAUCGAGAGAGAGAGUAGGGAGAGAGAGAGUCUGGGAAGAGAAUCGAGAAAAGGAGUGGAAGAAGAAUCGAGAAACGGAGGGGUUAGGUUAGGAGUGUGUGGUGCAGAUUUUUUGUUGCUUUUUUUUUUAAAGGUAGUUUCCGGUUGGCCGGCUAACCGAGUCAAAACCGGAAACCGGUCGUUCGGUUUGCGGCUAACCGAGGCUCACGGACGGUCGGUUGGCGGUAGCUCUGGUCGAGGUCUCGGUUUGACCGAUAACCGACAAUUUGGUUUUCGGUUAAACCGAAACCGACCGAGUGACAGCCCUACUGUAUAGAGCCGUGGAGACUGGAGAGAGAGUUUGAAAAUGAAAAAAAAAACCCCACUUCUCUCUUAUAUUUCUUCUCAAUUUAAUUACGAUUACUAAUUUUUUGUUUCACUAGCAUUUGGUCACUGGAUUUUUAUAGAUAUUGGAGAAGGGUUUGAAGGCGAAAUAAGAGUGAAUUUUUUUA